CGUUUCUCUCCCCGAUCCAUGUGAUUUCACCGGAAUCUAGAAUCUGCCACCGGUUCUGCGGGUGGACCAAAGCGGGAGUCUGGUCCGACGGCACGUCGCCUUCGGCUUGUGUCGAAAUCGUGUGAACGGGAAAAACGCAAAAGUAACUGCGACGCUGAGGCGGUUAGCUUGGAUCAGAUCCACAGUUUUUUCUCCGGUUUUAGCCUGCGCUUCUCGGUGAGAAAGGAUAAAGAGGGCGAGGCAUGGGGAAGUACACGAGGAAGUGCAGCAGAGGGGUCGAGAAACUCUCGGUGAUGGAGGUGACCCAGGUGGUGGGGGUGAGGAGGAGGGCACGGGUCCCCGCCGUGGCCGUCGCCGCUGACGCGGCCUCCGCCAGAAGUUCGAAGCGGAGGAAGACGGCGCCGCAGCGGACGACGGAGGUUGUGCAGACGUCGUCCUACCUCCAGCUUCGGAGCCGCCGCCUCUUCAUGACAUUCCGGAAACCAAGGCUGCUGGCAGCGAAUGCGGCUGCCUACAGCACCGGCCCUGCUGUGGAGGGUGUCUCCCGGUGCUCGAGCAACGUUUCCGGCGACGUGGUGGUGGAUGAGCAGGAGGGCGAGGGUCUAGAGCGCUUGACGUGCAAUUUUGGAUCCAGAAGAGCGAGAGAGACGACCCCCUCGAGAGAUGCACGACGCGAAGCGAGCGAUCGGAAAUCAACCACAGCAACAUCGACUUCAAGAACGAAGACAGAGGUGGAGAUCGAGGAGUUCUUCGCGGCGGCGGAGAGGGAGCAGGCGCAGCGCUUCGCCGCCGAGUACAACUACGACGUCAUCGGCGACGUUCCGUUGGACGGCCGCUUCGAGUGGGUUCGAAUCCUCCGAUGAAGCGAAAUGGCCAAAAACCGAGAAGAAAAUGACUUUUUCUUCAAUUCUCUAUUUGAUCUGGUUUUCCUUUAGGGAGUUUGUGGUUUCUUCUAGAAGCUAUGUACAAAAUUGUACGUUAAACAACCGCCAUUUCGUCUCUGUUCGCUGGCCAUUUCUCCACCUCCUGUCCGAGUCACAGACAGAAGAGGAGGAAGGAGAAUAGUCUGUUUGGUCACCCGUGUUGUACUCCUAAUAAAUGCUCAUCUGCUCUCC